AUGGCAGAAUUAAGUGCAGUGGUCACUUCGUUGAAGUUGAUCCCUUCAUCUAGCUCAGUGACGAUUAAGACGGACAGUGAAAUUGCUCAAAAGAUUUUCACAAACAACAACUAUCGAGGACAAUUCAUUCAACUCAAAAGAGAAUAUGAGGCAACAAUACAAGACAAAAAACUUAAAGUUACCAUUGAAUGGGUAAAAGGACAUGAUAAAUGUCAGGAAAACAACUUCGUUGACAAACUGGCAAAAAACUCAAGUACCAAAGGCAAAUUUCUGGAUCCAAAGAACCUAUUCACACAAGAACAACUUCUCAUCAUUAAGGACUCAUUAUGGAUCCCCAACCCUUGUAGAAUAAUUAGAAAUAAUUGGCUAUCACAGGUAUCGGAAAAUAGUCAAGUGACAAACAUAGUGAGCGAUACUACUUUUCGUUAUAUUGAAGGAAUCAACACCACAUCACAAAUACUCGAUAUGGAGAAACCUUAA